GGAAUUGAAACUAAUGUCGCUACUUGGUUGCAUUUCUAUUUUCUGAAGUGAAUGCGAUUUCUUUGUGAGGAAAAAGAUUAUCACAGAAAAGAAAAAAACACAAAGCACCGGAGAAAGAGCAGAAGCACCGUAAGAGAUGGCGGUGAGGCAGAGAGCGACGGCGCUACCGACGCUAAUGCGGGCGCUUCGGAAAGAGGCGCCGCCCAGGAACCAUAUCGCGUUGCCUUCGCUUAGAAGGGCUUUCUCUCUCUACGAUCAGAUCAAUAUUAUCACUGAAGUCCCGGAAGACCAGCUCCGUUUCAAAGAGUUUGAUGACACUGGGUUCAAAGUAAAUGGAGUUAGGUAUGAAGGUAGCAUACUUUGCGUAGGGAAUUUAUUGAUGUCUUGGACGCCCAAGAAAUUCUCGGAUAUCACUCCUGAAAGCUUGUCUAUUUUUAAGACUGUGCGGCCCAUACCAGAGAUUCUAGUUCUUGGCUGUGGGAAGUAUAUUCAACCGGUAAAUCCUGAACUUCGUAGCUUCAUUCGUUCGACUGGCAUGAAACUAGAAGUUGUUGACUCAAGAAAUGCAGCAUCCACUUACAAUAUAUUGAACGAAGAAGGCAGAAUUGUAGCAGCAGCGCUUAUCCCACAUGGAGUCACUUCUUGAACCUGUAAUGUUCAUUUUGUUUACUCUUUGAAUGAGUCUUUGUAUUUAUAGUCGGCUAAGCUAUUUUAGUUUUUCUCAAUACCAAUGCUGUUUUUACUUUUUUAAAUAAAAUUGGUACAUUAUAUCCCUCCCGCUGUAUGCAAAUGCUCCCUUCUAAUUUAUGUAUAUCGUACGCAAAUUUAAAUUUGUGACA